CAGGAGAACUAUGAGAAUGUGACCUUGCUGGGGUCUCCAGUUUCCAGACCCGAGGUGAUGUCCCAGCUGGAACAAAGAGAAGAGUUGUGGGACUCACAUCUUCAGGGCUUGGAGGAAAGAGAGCUCCCGAGAGGAACUUGCACAGGAGAUGGUGGGAUGGUGAGUGAGAACAGGAAGCAGAAUCCAGAGCAGGAAGAUGCUGAGCACAUAGAACUAUGCGGGGGAUUAUCACAAAGAACUCAAGGAAAUAUGUCCUGGAGUCGUGAGGAGAGGCAGCCAAAGGAGGAAGUGGGUAAAUCCAUCAGUUGUGAGGAAAAUCACAAGGACCUCAAGGAAACCACUGCCCAGCAGAGAAUCCUGAUGGGAGAGAGAAAAAACAUGUGUCCUGAGUGCGGGAAAACCUUCCCUCGGCGCUCACACGUUAUUGAACACCGGAGAAUCCACACAGGAGAGCGCCCCUAUGAGUGCUGUGAAUGCGGGAAAACCUUCAGUCGUCACUCACACCUAAUCAGACAUCAGAGAAUCCACACAGGCGAGAGACCCUUCGGGUGCUGUGAGUGUGGGAAAACCUUCACGCGACACUCAACCCUUAUCAAACAUCAGAGAAUCCACAGGAGCGCGCCCCCCUAUGAAUGCUGCGAGUGCGGGAAAACCUUCCCGCGGCGCUCGCACGUUAUUGAGCAUCAGAGAAUCCACACAGGCGAGAGACCCUACGAGUGCUGCGAAUGCAGGAAAACCUUCAAUCGUCACUCACACCUAAUCAGACAUCAGAGAAUGCACACAGGUGCAAGCCCCUAUGGGUGCUGUGAGUGCGGGAAAACCUUCACUCGACGUUCAACUCUUAUCAGACAUCAGAGAAGCCACAGGGGGGUGCCCCCCUAUGAAUGCUGUGAGUGCGGGGAAACCUUCACGCAGUGCUCAGAGUUUAUUAUACAUCAGAGAAUCCACGCAGGAGAGAAACCUGCGCGUGUGGUCGACACUCACACCUUAUUAGGCAUCAGAGAACCCACGCAGGCGCCAGCCCCCAGGAAUGUUGAUAGAUCAGCCCUGAUUAAUCAUCAGAGAAUCUAA